AUGUCACCUAUUUCACAGAACGUAACUCAGCCAGCAACUGGUGAUCUCACGCCAUAUCUACCGUCUACGCAUGAAAAGAAGGACGAUGACAGUGACAGUCGCUCUGCAUCUCGCAUCGAGUAUGCUAUUGACGGACCUCCAACUGUCGUCGAUGCUGCGACGGAGAAAGCAUUGAUGAGGAAGAUCGACAUGAGACUUAUCCCCAUGGUCAUUCUCUACGGCAUGGAAGAAGACCUCGGACUCGUUGGCAAUCAAUAUCAAAUCGGAGUUUCGGUGCUGUUCAUCACAUACUGUCUGUUCGAGGCGCCGAGCAACAUGUCGACACAAAUUCCACUUCGAAUGACACAAUCUGACCAAAAGCACAGACUAGUCGCCACCUUUUCAGCCUUUACGCAGAACUUCGCAGGUCUAAUUGCCAUUAGACUGUUGCUCGGACUUUUUGAGGCCGGUCUGUUCCCAGGCUUAAUUGUGUAUUUGACCAUCUUCUAUAACAAGCGCCACAUCGCACUGCGCAUGGCCUACUUGUUUGCAACUGCAGCGAUCGCAGGAGCUGUCGGAGGACUGGUUUCAUACGGCAUCGGAUUCAUGGACAAUGAUCCAAAUCCAGUCAACGUCAACCCCGGAGACCCAGACUACGUCACUCCACCCGGAACUGCUGGCUGGCGUGCCUGGCGAUGGAUUUUUGCAAUCAAUGGCGCAUUGACCGUGGUGACCGCCUUCGCCAUCCCAUUCGUUCUCGCAGACAAGCCGGAAAACGCAACGUUCUUGACUGAACAGGACCGACGCAAUAUGGUCUUGUUGCGCGAGGCCGAGGUUGGUCAAACAAAAUCCGGACAAGAAUUUGCCAUGAAGGACGCGAAAGAAGCAUUCGUUGACUGGAAAGUAUACGUCAUGGCAGCCUGCCAAUUCUGCUCCAACACCACAUUGUAUGCCUUCAGCGUUUUCCUGCCGACAAUCAUCAAUCAGACUGGAAGCUACUCUAUUGCGGAAGUCCAGUGCUUGACAAUCCCCAUUUACGCACUCGGAGCAGGACUGUAUAUCGGCUGCUCAUUCUGGUCGGACAAGAUUCAAAUCCGCGGUCCAUUCAUCGUGGCUUUCACAAUCGGUACGAUCCUCGGUUACGUUCUCCUGAUCACAUACGCCAACCCUGCUGCCGCACUUGUGGGAUGCUUCUUUGUCGGAGGAUGUAUCUUCCUGACUUGUGGUAUGGCGAUGCCCUGGUUUACCUCAAAUAAUCCACGAUUCGGCAAGAGAACUACUGCGAACGGGAUCCAAUUAACAGUUGGCAAUGCUGCGGGCGUUCUAUCGCCAUUCUUGUUUACUGGAAGUGGUCCAGUAUACACGGAAGGUUACGCUGUCGCUAUCGGUUUGCUUGGGCUCAGCGGAUCGUUAUUCACCGGCAUGCAUUUCUAUUGGCGCAAGAGAAACGCCAACAAGAGGGCUGGAAAAGAGGAUUGGACAGCGGAAGGGCUUUCAGAUGAUGAGGUCAAGGAGUUGGGUGACAAGAAUCCCAACUACUUCUUCACGAUAUGA